GGUCUACACUUGUUGUGUUCGGUGCAUGUGACAAACGCAAAAUUGAUUUCUUGAUAUCCUUUCCCACUUUGCUCCACCACCGUGGAAAAAUAAGCAACUGAAGGGUCUGACACAGCGAUGUAGAAAAAGAGAGGAAGACAUGGAAACUUCAGUUCCACAGGCCAGAACUACUCAGCCUCCUCCCGCCCUAUCAGACUAUUUCCCUCCACCAAAGAGAUGCCAAAGGGCUGAGGAUUUCUUCCCUCCACCUCCAGUGGAGCCCAUUGUAGCUGAGCUGCCAGACUCUCCACCAGUGAAGCCCAUCAUGGUGGAACUGCCCAUCUCUCCACCAUUCGAGCCCAUCAUGGUUGAGCUGCCCAUCUCUCCCCCAGUGAAGCCCAUCAUGGUUGAGCUGCCCAUUUCUCCACCAGUGAAGCCCAUCGUGGUUGAGCUGCCCAUUACUCCACCAGUGAAGACCGUCAUGGUUGAACGGCCCAUCUCUCCACCAGUGAAGCCCAUUGUGGUUGAGCUGCCCAUCUCUCCACCAGUGGAGCCCAUCGUGGUUGAUCUGCCCAUCUCUCCAACAGUGAAGCCCAUAAUUGUUGAGCUGCCAAUCGCUCCACCAGUGAAGCCCAUCAUGGUUGAGCUGCCUAUUUCUCCACCAGUGAAGCCCAUUGUGGUUGAGCUGCCCAUCUCUCCACCAGUGAAGCCCAUUGUCGUUGAGCUGCCCAACUCUCCCCCAGUAAAGCCCAUCAUGGUUGAGCUGCCCAUCUCUCCACCAGUGAAGCCCAUCAUGGUUGAGCUGCCCAUCUCUCCAUCAGUGAAGCCCAUCAUGGUUGAUCUGCCCAUCUCUCCACCAGUGGAGCCCAUCGUGGUUGAGCUUCCUGUCUUUCCACCAGUGAAGCCCAUCGUUGUUUAUCAGCCCAUCUGUCCACCAGUGAAGCACAUCACGUUUGAGCUUCCCAUCGUUCCACCAGUAAAGUCCAUCGUGGUGGAGCUUCCCAUCUCUCCACCUCUGAACCACCAGCAUCAACCUGAUCAUUGGGCCAACUGGGGAAUAGAGGCUGGUUCUUCUCAGAUGGUCGAUGCUCCUGCAUAUCUCCCCCUCCCUACUUCCUCUGAUCUCCCUCAGCAGAGCACACAGGAACAGCCUGGAGUCCUCACAGCAUCCUCUGGGCUUCUUGCAAAUGUUGGGACUCUUAAGGAGAUGAUUGAGAUUGCAUGGCAGAAGUGUCAGGAGUACCAAUCUAAGUUCGUCAUGUGGUGUUGUGUUACCCUGUUGUGCACACAGAGUAGGGCACAGGUACAUUUCUUCAUUGGAUGAGACCGCAGGAGUUAAGAUGGAUGAUGAGGGAGGGGAUGAUUAUUAUGGUUUGCAUUUUCAUCAGUAAGCAAACGGGUAUGUUUUAGGCCAUGUGUCAAUUACAUGGUAAUUUAUUUGUGUUGUUUCUGGACUAACCUUCUGUUUCUAAACCACUAUAUAUAGCCCAUCUUUCCUUCAGUGAAGCCCAUCGUGGUUGAACGUUCCAUCUCUCCACCAGUGAAGCACGUCAUGUUUGAGCUGCCUAUCGCUCCAGUGGAAGCGGAGUCGCUUCAGAGAUUUGAGUUUUUCCCACCACCGCGGAAAAAUAAUCCACUGAAGGGUCUGACACAGCGACAUAGAAAAAGACAGAAAGACAUGGAAACUUCAGUUCCACCGGCCAGAACAACUCAGCCUCCUCCCGCCCUAUCACAUUUCUUCCCUCCACCUCCAGUGGAGCCCAUCGAGGUUGAACUGCCCAUUUCUCCACCAGUGAAGCACACCAUGUUGGAGCUGCCCAUUUGUCCAGUGGUAGCUGAGACUCUUCAUGGAU